UACGCUUGCACCAUCGAGUGCAUUGAAGUCAUAUACAUCACAUCAAACAGCACAGUCAUCCUCGGGUCAUGAUCUUACGGCGCUCGCAGUAGUAUUUCACUAUCCUCCGCCUUGGCUGGAAGCUGACUGACAAGCGCUAGGUUGGGCCUGAAAGCCCUAUAUCACCACCUCCAUCGAGUACUUCAGUUAAACAUUCGGAGGGCUGGCCCGAGCGGCCAACACCUCGGGCGCAAACAAGACAAGAUUUCGCAGAUCCUCGCAUGAUUUCAUGUACCAGUACUGUUGAUAGUAGGGCAGAUGCUGUCUCUGGAGAAGGAACGCCCUGGCCUUCGAUAUCCCGUGUUGAGGAAAUUGACGCUUUGACAGCAGCCCUAGCGGAGUGUUGGGCUCUAUGCAAUUCAUUGGCCGUUCUCGGCACUUUACAUGGAGAAAGGCAUGGAUCCUACGUCAAUACUCAAGAUAAGACCUGGAAACUAUGCUGGCGUCUAUGUCAGGAACUCUACAUCAGUCAGAACGACUACCAUUCCUCAAAAAUCAACCCUACUCUUGAUAUUUGUCAUGAUUUUUGUCAAUCUUUGUUCGAAGUUCGUGAGAAAGAAAACGAGGUCACAGAUUCGAUUCUCCGUGUCAGUUUUGAGCUCAAUAACCAUCUCUAUAAUACGCACGAUCGAAACCUGCCAGAGGCUUUCCGUGAGAGGACUCUAGACUUCUACAUCACAUUGUGUCAUCGUCUGAUGAAGCAGAGGAGCCUAGUGUCUGAGACAGAAUCCCCUUUGGGCGCGUGCUGGUCGUUUACAGAGAUCCUCUUCACCAUACGUCAGACUAAAAAAGAAAACAAGAAGCCAGACGAAGAUUUGCUGGGAUCGGCAAUUCAAGCUUGUUGGGAACUUUGCGAUGUUUUCAGGGAAGGUUGGGCACAGCGAAGCCAUCGAAGUUCUGACCGUGGAACACCACGGCCAAGUCAAGCAACUUUCCAGCAGGCCAUCGAGCAGGUCAAGGUCUCUCAAUUCAUUGCCUGUGAUGAGGUUUUGGGACAAUCUAAAAACCCCGAGACCCCGACUACCGUUUUUGAUGAUAGUGCAGCCAUCUCACCAGAUGAGGCACCCCUCCAGAACAUUUUUGUCUUAGGCCAAGGCUCAAUUCAAGCAUCGGAAACUGCCUGUUCUCCAAAUUCAUCAGCCGCAUCAGGACAAUCACAAUCAUCGGAGCAGACCUCAUCGACCAAAACAAUAACCACCUUGUCGGGAGGCUUGAACCUGGCGGCUAUCAAAUUAUUGGUUACAAAGGCUGCAAUCAACAGUGGUUAUCAGCGUUCUAAGACACAAACUUUCUCGUCAUUCGUCAAAUCGCUGUCUUCCGACGCAUUCGGCUCUACCCCUUGGCAAAUAUCACUAUUGAAGAACUAUAAAAGGCUGGUAGCGUUUGACCCAAUUUUCAAAGGUGCUAGUUUUCAGGCACGAGCAAGUGCCAUUGAUGUAGCGCAAACCGUUCGGCUUGUCGCGCAGGGCGGACAAUACCCAUGGCUGCUAGAUCUUUACCGCUUGGUCUUUGGGUUCCAUACAGACGAGGCUAUCAACCGGAAGGAGAUCGUACUUCAAGUAUGAUCCUAUCGAUUCAUUAGUGUCUUCCCCGCAAACUCUUCGAUGCUGACCGCUAGGGGCAUGGGUACUGGUGGUUCUACUGGAUAUCACACCAACUGUAAGUUGGGCUCCUGUCCACUCUCAUCUGUGUACGAGCAAGCAAGGCCCCACUAUCCCUGCCGUCAGAAUCUUAACUUGACGGUAUGUCACGCGCAACUCUCGAGUCACACUGCGUGCUUGAUUCCUGCCUCGAUAGAUGGAUGGAAGAAAAGCUUCCUCUAGAUUCAGACUGCACUACGCCGUGUGCAAGUAAAUAUAUAUAGUAGAGGUCGUUGGUUCAUUCGACGCCGUGGACAUCGUUCUGGUCCCGUAUGGAAUAUUCUACAUUCGCAUACUUCCUAUAUCG